AUGGGCAGUGCUGCAAGCAACCAACAGGCGACUGGAACAGUUAAAGCAGCAGCUGCGAGUAUGGGCGGGAGGAUGCCAUCUCGAAAAGCCACGUCGAAGCAGAUCGAUAAAGAACUGCAGAAGGAGAAACUUGCGCGCAUGAACACUUUCAAAAUUUUGUUGUUAGGCGGUUCGGAAUGCGGCAAAACAACGAUUUUUAAACAGAUGAGGAUCUUGCACUUGGAUGGCUUCACCACGGAAGAUAAGAACCGCUAUCGACAGUCCAUUUUACGCAAUGUUAUUGAUUCAGUGGCGCAGAUGCUCAAAGCUUGUGAAACAUAUCGCAUCGUCCACGAAUACGUUAUACAGGUGGCUAAUUUUAGGAAUAAUUCAUUUAAUACAUACUGCCAAAAAGUGUUUAAAAGAAAGCAUCAUUGA